AUGCAAAGCGAACUAUGCCCAGUGGAACAUAAUGACGAAGGCAAUGGCUACGAUCGAGUGGCGUUUGCAGUCUCGCUCGGAUGUGAAGUUUCGACAAGCAAGGACGUGUCUGGAAUGUGGGCCGUCGACAGUGGUGCAACGCACCACGUUUGCCACAAAAAGACCAAGUUUUCAAGUUUGGCAGAGCGCAACGAGGGCGAACUAUUGGUGGCUGAUGGCAACAAGGUGGCCAUCAAGGGUGUUGGAACCAUCAUGGAAAACGUGGUUCUGACCAACGGCGAAGAGCGCGAGAUCGAGAUCAAGAACGCGUUACAUGUUCCAAGUAUGAGCAAGAACCUGCUUUCGGUGCCACAGACUAACAGGCAUGACAUCUCCAAGUCGUGUUUGACGGGUCCAAGAUGUAUGUGA